AUGACUGAGUCGGCUCUUAUUGAAGAAAACAGCAUCCAAGCUGCUGAGGGUCAUGUUGAGAAUCAGCAAGAAGUUUCUGUUGCACCUUUGAACUCUUCUAAUGAACGUGGAUUGGAUCUUGAAUCGAAGGAAGCAAUUUAUUUGAAAAAGUCACCUAUCAGUCAGCUGAUUGAAUUGUGCUCUCGUGAACACAUCUACCCCCCGUUAUUUUCCACUGAAAUGGUUUGCGACUCGAAUGGUUUUCCUCAAUUCAAGACCAGUGUUGUCGCAUUCGGAAUGAAGGCAUCGGAAACGGCGGGCAGAAAACGUCUAUCCAAGCACAAGGCUUGUGCUCUGCUUUUGGAUAUGGUGAAGGAAAGCGGCGUGGAUAUUUAUUGUGAAACCAAAAAAACUUCGAAACUGAUGGUUAACUUCAGCAAUGCUGAUUUUGACCCUAAGAAGGAAUUUACUAGUGAUGUAGCUGGGCCAAGUAGACGUAGGAAUAACCCUGUUGGUUGGUUGCAGGAGUUUUGUACAUCGAAAGGAUGGCUGACCCCAACUUAUACGCUGAUGCUUACCGAAGGAGCAGCCCAUGAACCUAAGUUUUACGUUACGUGCAGUCUAAUGAAGUUUUUCGAAGUGGGUGCCCAUCGUACCAAAAGAGGUGCCAAACGCGAGGCGGCCAAUAAAGUGUGGCGCCAGGUUUUUGCGGAAAAUGUUGAAGUAAUCACCAAAACUUUUGAGGAACUUAGAACUGAAUAA